CCCUCUCCUUUUUCCUCUCUUCCACAUCCGCCCGUUCGCAUUACUACGGUCCUCCCUAUCCCCUCUCUCGCUCGCGCACCCUCUUCACCUCCCUCAGCCACUACGCCCUCCGCCCCUCCGCCAUUUCUUACUCACCUUCGAUGCUCUUAAGGGCUCUUUCCGCGACCACCUCCGCCGCCACAGCAACAACCGCCUCGGCCGCCACACCAACUCAACAAAACCAAGGCCACGGAUCCUGACGGUAUGUAGAUCCUAGGGUUCGGCCACACGCAAUGGGAAUACUAUGCGGAUCGCGGCCACAGUCACUAUCUUCGGGAAAAGCUUGAACCCCACGGAGGCUGCGGAUCUGAGGAGUAAGAAAUGCUUCCCCCAAGGAGAUCAAGGUGGACACCAAGGCUGAGAUGGAGAUCGGGUGCUUCAAGUCGAAGCGGAAUGGGAUUAGGGUUUCGAGUAGCGGAUUCGAUGCCGCAAUCACGAAUGCCAAGGCAACGCCCUCGACCUCAAUUGCCAAGUGUGUGCAGCAGCAAGUGGUAUCGGGAGGUGGAGAGUUGUCUGCGCACUCAUGAGUCAACAAUUUUUAUUAGUUAUGAUGUUUAUCCUCAUGGUAAAAUCUGCUACUCUGGACACAUGACUAUCGGUUUAAAGGUCCCAGAUCUCUCCUCCAUCUUGCCCAUUUUUUCUUGA